AUGCUGUUCCCAGGCGGCGCGGACGGGCGCGACGCCCAUUCACGCCUGGCGCCUUCCAUGCCCUCGCUCGUUCGAUUGCCCUUCCGGUACCACGGCAGGCUAGAGGAUCGAACAUCCUCCAACAGAAGCCGCUCAGUUAGAAAGCACGAGUGCAAGACCUGGGGAGAGAUCGCGGAAGGUGCCGAGGAUGUCGCGAAGGCUACUGUUGACAAGACGCUGAACACAGGCAAGGCAGCUUUAAAGAUUGUCAGGAAAAGCACAGCUGAGUCACCAACAAAAACUGGACCAGCAACAAGACAGAGGACCUGUACAGGCAGAGUCUCUCUCCUUGAGAAGUCAAGUUUGCUUGAGGGACUGGUUUGGAGGGGCAUCAGGGUACCGGCAGGAGGUGCGAUCAGUGGUGUAAGCGCACAGGCGAGAGGAUGA